UGAAUCUUAUGAAAUAUUUUUACUACUACCAUAAAAUAUUAAUUUAGUUUAAUUCUCUUAGUUGAAUUUUAUAAAAAGACCAUUAGUCAAAUUAUUGAGCAAUCAAAACAAUUAGAGCAGUUUGUCUUUUAUCAAACUUCUUAUUAAGUCAGAUUCCAGCAGGCGAAGACAUCGGUACUAAUAAUAAUAAUUUGCGAGUAUACUAAUCUUUAAGUGAUGGAAAUUUUACGAAUCAAUGAAGAAAUCGUAGAAAAUCUUUUAAAUGAAACAGGAUUCGGUUGGUUCAACUGGAAGAUAUAUAUAAUAACCGCUUUAGUAUUAAUGAACACUGCGAUUGGAUUAGGAACCAAUGGAUUAAUCCUUCCAUCAGCAGUUUGUGAUUUUGAAUUAUCAUCAGUCACCCAAAGUUACAUGGCAGCUGUGCAGUUGUUAGGAUUGUUGAUUGGUCAAUGUUUCUGGUUCAUAUUCGCCGAAAUAAAGGGAAGAAAAAUACCUCUGACAACUAGUAUUUUUCUCCAAGGCUUCGCAGACUUAACCGCUUCACUCAUAUCUAAUUAUUACGGAUUUUUGUGUUGUAAAUUUUUCACGGGAAUUGCGUCAAGUGGACAAUUAACUUUAGCGUAUACAUAUUUCAGUGAAUUUCAGCCAUUGAAAUACAGAAAUAAACUUCUUACUUCUUUGGAAGUCCCCUGGGCUGUCGGUUUAAUUGUCGCCGCAGGUAUCGGCUGGGCAGUAAUUCCAUUAGAGAUUGACUUAGGUUUUAAUUCAAAAUACUUUAUUUUUAACUCCUGGAAUCUUUACCUUUUAAUAUGUUCACUUUUUUCACCGAUAAUUGCCUUGUGGCUAAUAUUUUUUUCGGAAACGCCAAAAUAUCUAGCCGAAACUAGUCAAAAUAAACGAUUAAUGGCGCUACUGAAUCAAAUGUACCAAGAAAACACUGGAAAUUCAAAUCAAAAUUUCACAGAAAAACUCAAGCAACUGGAAAACAAAACAAUUAAUGAACUACUUACUAACUCAGAAGAUGAAACAGCAAAACAUAUCAUCUUCAGUAAAAUGAUUCAACAGUAUUGGCAUCAAGUAGCGAGUUUAUUUAAGCCCCAAUUUUUAAAAAUGACAUUGAUUGGAGUUAUCAUAGCUUACAGUGUUAUGUUUUCGUACUACGCGAUGUUAAUUUGGCACGGAGAAGUUUUUGAGCGGUUUGCUACUUUUGAGGAACAAUUUCCUAAUACAACGGCAUCUAUUUGCACUAUUUCUAGACAAGUACUAUCGCUAUUAAAUAAUGAAUCGAAAGCUGAUUGUGAGUCUGAUUUACACUCAGCUUCGUACACGCAUAAUAUAAUUCUAGCAUCAGGAUUGAUUCCUCUGACACUGCUAGCCACUUUUUCUGUUCAUAAAUUCGGAUUGAAAUGGUGUCUCAUUACUUAUUGUAUAGCCGGAGGAAUUUUCGGAGCUAGUUUUUUGUUGGUAAACAAUUCAACCGAAAAUUUCAUCGUCUUUUCCUUUUCGGAACUACUGGCUUCAAUAAGCAUCGUACUUAUAAUUUCUGUUACUAUAGAAAAUUAUCCAACUCACUUGAGGAUUAGCGCAACGUUCUUUAUAAAUUUAUGUGGGAGAUUAGGAGCGCUAGUUGGAAGCUUCUUAGUAGGCCAUUUAAUCAAUCAUUAUUGUUACUCGCUGAUAUUAAUUAUUGCUGGACAUCUACUAGCUGCCGGCUUUCUCAGUAUUUUUAUUCCUAACAUGAUAAAAAGCGACCCAGCUAAUGAAAAAAAACUAUCAGGAGUUAUUUAAUUCAAUAAUUAAUUUUUUUUAUACAUUUAUUAUAAUUUAUAAUACAUUGAAAGCGGUACCAUUUAUUGCAUAAAAAUAAAUUAAUAUUAAUUAAAGCCUUUCCUCGGAGAUUGGCUGAUUGACUACAAUUGAGGAAGACAUGAUCUCGUCAGAUGAAGAAGAAUUGAAUAUCAAAGGUGACGCGUAGUAAGG